ACAAACAGAGAGGGACGGUGAAGCGGAGCUGCCGUUGCGCACGAUACAAACCCUCCGUGACUCCAGACGGGUGCCGGUGUUCUCCCUCCGGUUCGGUUGGAUGUACUGUUCGGGGCGGCUGCUGCAGCUACAUGGAGGUAGAAUAGAGACUCUGCAUCAGGAAGGUCAGGAGCGGAGGAUUGAGUCCGCGGACGCGGGGAGGCACGGGCACCCUGACCGAAUACCGGGACCCCACCCGCGGCGCUGGAGCUCCCGGACCGUGACAGCUGUCAGCCAGAAAUACCGACCAGGAAGAUGAGGGAAGACCCGUCUGAUGAAGAAUAUCUAAAAGGAGGAUGCAUUGAAGGAUAAACACAAAAGGAGUGAAAAAGGAGGAGACUCAAUAGUGUAACCGAGGACAACAAAUGGAAACAGAAGGAUCAGUAAGAGGAGGGAGGGAAAUUUGAGGAGCUUUAUGAAAGAGGAGAAAUAGAAACAGAAAAACUUCUAAGGAGGGAAACCAUAUCAAGUAGACAGAUUGAAAGUGAGAGGAAGGAAGUCAUAAAGGACAAAGAAGCUGGAAGCUUCGGAAGGGUAGAAAGGAAAAGCAAGAGUCUGGUUGAGGGAGGAAAGAAACAUCUGGAUGGUCUCCACAGCGACAUCCAGCUGGUUACCCACCCUCCGAAGAUGGCUUCCAACUUCAACGACAUUGUCAAGCAAGGCUACGUGCGCAUGCGCAGCCGCAAACUGGGGAUCUAUCGGCGUUGCUGGCUGGUGUUUAAGAAGUCAUCCAGUAAAGGACCCCGUCGCUUGGAGAAAUACCCUGAUGAAAAGUCUGCCUACAUCAGAGCCUGUCCCAAGGUGACAGAAAUUAGUAAUGUCAAGAAUAUCACACGGUUGCCUCGGGAUACCAAGCGACAGGCCGUGGCUAUUGUGUUUACAGACGACACCUCACGUACCUUCACUUGUGAAUCAGAGCUGGAGGCAGAAGAUUGGUUCAAGACGCUGUCAAUUGAGUGUCUUGGCAUGCGGCUCAGUGACAUCAGUAUGGGAGAGCCUGACCUGCUGGCUGCUGGUGUGCAAUGUGAACACACGGAGCGUUUCAACGUGUUCCUUCUCCCCUGUCCCAACCUGGACAUCUAUGGGGAGUGCAUGAUGCAGAUCACCCAUGAGAACAUUUACCUGUGGGACAUUCACAACCCUCGCACAAAGCUAGUCACCUGGCCCCUCUGCUCCCUGCGGCGCUAUGGACGCGACGCGACCCGCUUCACCUUCGAAGCCGGACGGUGA